AAGCUUGGGUGUUUUCCCACCGAUGGCGCCACUGAUACCAAACCAUUCCCCGUCUAGUUCUGAUCAAAACUUCCAAAAGUAGUUCGUUGUUUUGACCACGAGAUGGGGAUAAUAAUUGUUGGUCCAUGAAGCAGCUAAUGGUACAUAUGAUACUUUAAUUCCCGCGUAAAAUUUAUUCUCUUUAAAAGAAUCUCUCUGUUUAUUGUUGUCAUAAAAUACUGUUAUUAUACGAUCAAUUAUGAAAUUCAGAUGCAGAAUGGUGGACGUGGUUGCUAUGAGAGAUUUCACGAGUGAGUUUAAAUGCCAAAAACUGUUUCUAACCUUCUCCAUAGUCUGCUUGAUUGUCAAAGUACAUCAUAUUUUACAGUGUAAAAGAAAUUUAAUGGACAUAGUUAUUUAUUAUUUGAUAUCGUUAACAUUAUUUCACGAUUAACACGACAAUGUACCCUGCGAAUAUCGCCAAACGAGCUGUGCUUUAGCGUCGCUGAUGAUCGACGAUCGAUGGUAUGGGCAGAAUUGAGUCAACACCAUUUCUUUAUCGAAUACAUUAUGAACGGUGUUACCGAGGAGCAAAACGAAAUUUAUUUAGAAUGCGAUGCCAUCAUGCUAAGCAGAUCGUUGAGUUCUUUACGGAUGACUGCGAAAAGCGUAAAAAUUAAAUUAACGAAUAAACGACAACCUUGUUUAACGCUGGAAAUCGAAUUGCCCUCGUUGAGCAUCGAAUCGCGACAAUGUUUACACGACGUACCAGUCAGAGUCAUACCCCGACGAGAAUGGCCGGAAUAUCAAGCGCCAAACAUACCAGAAUUUAAUAUAUCGGUGGAUAUGCCAAAUUUAAAACAUGUAAGGAACAUAGUCGACAGGAUGAAGAAUAUGAGUCCACGAUUAACGAUAACCGCUGACAAGUCUGGUAUGUUUGUACUCGAAAUCGACACGGAAAGCGCAACGGUUUCAACGCAUUUUCAGGAUCUCCAAGUAUGGAGUUGCAGUCAAAAAGACGUUGACGACGAUAAAGUAUCGGCCAGUAUCGAUAUCAAAAAGUUUUAUACAUUUUUGGCGUGGGACAUUUUACAUCCGGAGAGUGUGAAAUGUAAUAUACUUCACGAACAAAUGGUGAACUUAUAUCUACAGUUAGCGGAUCAUCUUAAAAUACAGUACUUUAUUCCGUCGCUAGCUACCUGAGUUAUUGUUAACAUUGUAACCACCGAUUACGAUGAUGUCACUCUAACAUAAUACAUAUUAUUUAUUUUUUAUACAA